GCGCCCAGAGCGCGCCUCCCGCUGCCGCACUUUCACUCUCGGUCCACCUCGGUGUCCUCUUGCUGUCCAGCUCUACAGCCUCCGGCGAGCCCUCCCGCCCACGCCAUGGACGCCAAGGUUGUCGCCGUGCUGGCCCUGGUGCUGGCCGCGCUCUGCAUCAGUGACGGUAAGCCAGUCAGCCUGAGCUACAGAUGCCCCUGCCGGUUCUUCGAGAGCCAUGUCGCCAGAGCCAACGUCAAGCAUCUGAAAAUCCUCAACACUCCAAACUGUGCCCUUCAGAUUGUUGCAAGGCUGAAGAACAACAACAGACAAGUGUGCAUUGACCCGAAAUUAAAGUGGAUCCAAGAGUACCUGGAGAAAGCUUUAAACAAGUAAGCACAACAGCCCAAAGGACUUGCCAGUAGACCCCCGAGGAAGGCUGACAUCAGUGGGAGAGAAAGGGCAGUGGUGGGGAGGAGGGCCUGAACCCUGGCCAGGUUGGCCAGUGGGACAGCACUGACCGGGGUCAUGCUGAGGUUUGCCAGCACAAAGACACUCCGCCAUAGCAUAUGGUACGAUAUUGCAGCUUAUAUUCAUCUGUGCCCUUGCCCGUGCACAAUGGAGCUUUUAUAACUGGGGUUUUUCUAAGAAAUUGUAUUACCCUAACCAGUUAGCUUCAUCCUCAUCCUCAUCCUCCUCCUCAUCCUCAUCCGCAUCCUCAUUUUAAAAAGCAGUGAUUACUUCAAGGUCUGUAUUCAGUUUGCUUUGGAGCUUCUCUUUUCCCUGGGACCUCUGGGCACAGUUACAGGUGGUGGCUUUGCAGGAAGCCCUAGAGAGUAGUAACCUUCCACCAGAGUCCGAGGAAUGCUGCAGGGCUUGUCCUGUAGGGGGCGCCCCUGGACAGAUGCCUUGCUGUUUGAGUCACUCAGCUCAAGAUUGGGCAGAAGCUCCUUUUUCUAGUUCAGUGCUGGGUAUGGAAGCUUCCUUUAGAAGUUAUCCCUGGGGGCUGUGCUCAGAGACCUGUUCCUAGCCGUUCCUGCUCUCUGCUUGCCUUCAAAAGCAUGCUUCAUCUGACUUCCGGCUUCUCACCUCUAGCCUGAUGACCAAUGCUGCAUUGGAAGGAAGGAGAGUGAUUUGGGGUGCUCCCUCCCUCUCUUCCCUUUGCUUUCCUCUCACUUGGGCCCUUUGUGAGAUUUUUCUUUGGCUUCCUGCAGAAUGGAGCCAGCCCCUCCUGGAUAAUGUGAUAACAUGCCUAGACUUACCCACAAAUACAAGUCUGAGAAUUAUCAUAAAUGGAAUUUUAAAUUUCAAAACUUUGAGGAACUGGAUUUUUGUAAUUGCCCCCCGAGUCCUAUAUAUUUCAACAGUGGCUCUAUGGGCUCUGAAUUUUUGAAUAUCAGAGAUAAAAAAUAAUAAUAAUAACAAUGCAUAAGCCAGAAUCUUGCCAUGAAGUGGGGAUUCUGGAUUCCAAUCAGAAAUGGAGACAAGAUAAAACUUGGAUACAUUCUUAUGAUCACAGACGGCCCUGGUGGUUUUGGUAACUAUUUGCAAGGCAUUUUUUACAUAUAUUUUUGUGCACUUUUUAUGUUUCUUUGGAAGACAAAUGUAUUUCAGAAUAUAUUUGUAGUCAAUUCAUAUAUUUGAAGUGGAGCCAUAGUAAUGUCAGUAGAUAAUCUCUACGGUCUUGAGCUACUGGCAACUUGUAAAGAAAUAUAUAUGACAUAUAAAUGUAUUGUAGCUUUGCAAUGUCAGCCACAGUGUAUUUUUCCACUUGUAAUGAAAUUGUAUCAACUGUGACAUUAUAUGCACUAGCAAUAAAAUGCUAACUGUUUCAUGCUGUAAACCUCCUA